UUUAUCUGCUAAUAUUUUAGGGGCAAUUCCCAGAAAUAAUGGUUACUUAAUUAAAAAAGGAAUGUAUAAAUGUUAGGACGGGCACAGCGAGUGUUACAUACAUGCUGGAGUAUCUUGAACACAAAGAACUGAGGAGUGAAGAUUAUUCAGGACUGUACCUUUUGGGUUGAUAGAAUAUGGCACCAAAUAAUUCAGUGUUCACUUUCUGGCAAUUGUUGAUGGUUGUGUGCAUAAUUUUCAUUAAUUUGAAUUGUACCGAACAAUGUGAUAUGAAGAAAGUUGACGGAAAAAGACUUACCAAUUUUAGGACAAGAUAUGGAUGUACAGAAUCUUACCUGAGAAAUAUUACAGAUGGAUUUUCGCAUCAUCAGAUUAACUUGGUCAAAUGUGAUCGAGCUUUUCAUGUACCUUGGAGCAAUCGGAUGUUGUUGAGCGAAUUUGAGUGUGCAAAAUGUCCCAAAUUUUGUCAUCACCCAUCCAACAAAACGCAAUUAAAUCGAGAAAAAUACAAAUCUGAAGCAAUCCGGGCGAAAAGGAUAUUUGACAUAAAAGGAGAAGUACAACAGAAACAAUAUUGGUGGGUUCCACUUAGUUGCAGAUGUGUUGCAAAGCAUCAUAGUCGAAAUGUGAAAAUUCGAAAGCACUGCAAUUGAAACUGGUCCACAAACCCGAUGAUGGAAAGACAAAGAAACUACAAAUCUCGUGAAUUAAAUUAGCUUCAAUAAGUCCAGCAAGAAAAGGCUUUAAGUGGCUUUGAUAACAUUAUUAGUAUAUUAACUUUUGUAUCAAUUUCCGGGAACUUUUUUUUGUGAUGACAAAUGAACGACUAAACAAAGAAAUUUUUCUGCAUCUGUAACAAGAAUAUGCCAAUCAUGGACGUUUGAUUUUGUAGUCCAUAGGUUACUCAUCUCCUUAUCGUCUGUAUUGGGAACUCAUGCUGCUGUAAUGAUUUUAUUUACCUGUCUUGAAUUCGGAUUUUACUGAUUAUUUUAUGCUUCUGGUCAUAUAUUUGAAAGCAAGCAAGUAUUCUGGCGUUUCAGCAAAUUUUCUUUAGGCACUGAUCCUCCUGUAUAAGCAUGUUAUCAGUACACAUAUACAUGCUACAUUAAAUUACAAAUGUGUUGUAGCCUAUAUUUAUUCUAUUGAAUAUUUUAGUUAAAAAUUAUUUGAUCACAAAUUUCCGAGUUUUGUCAUUGUUCCUUAAUUUGGUUCAGAUUUGAGGUUGUCGAAUUUCCCCCAUGAUCACCAGCGACAACUUGUGACUUCGUGCAUUCUUAAAAAAUUAACUUCGACAAAAAAAUUGGUCGAUAGUGUUUUAUAUGCUUUCGUCUUAAUCUUUUCUUGAAUGCUGCAAACUCUAAUUACAAAAACGUCAACUUAACUCGUUUAUUAUCAAACAAUGUGACAUAUUAGUAAUAAGUCGCAUAGAUUACUAUUCCAUUGCAGUUAGCCUUUAAAUCUUCCGCAUUUACAAGGUUUUGUUUCUUUCAUCUGUAAUUGUAUAAGUACAGUAUUUUAAAAAACACCUGUAUCCACGUAUUACUUUGUUUAUGUAUGCUAUUCAAAUAUGUUUGUAGUUUAGCAUGCUAUAUUUAAUCCGUUAUUUUUUAUAUUUAUACUUUAAAAUAUA